AUGAGCGGAAUCACCGACAACGCAGCUACCCAGGCCCACGACAUUGUGGAGCAGGCUGAAGUCGAAGAGCAGAAGGUGCAGGGAGACAAAGCCAUUACUGGCGACCAGACGGCUGGUGUGGGCGUUGAGGGUAGCAGCACAGCUGCCACCGGUGACCAACAUGCAGAGGGCCAGAACAAGUCCAAGCUAGACAAGGUCAAGGAGGCGCUGCACUUGAAGAAGUGA